AUGCGCCAGGAUCACUUGCCGAAGCGUGCAAUUCGGAUUGCACGGCGCUUGUUGGUCGUGUGCGACAACAAGUUGCUGGACAGAGCUGCCCUGACGACAGCCGACCGCGCAUUCUGUCGACCAUCAUUGAAACCCAAAGAAGUUGUUGAGAGCGCGCCCUCGCAAAUACCGAGGGCCGCUGCUGCUCAGCCUGUUCAGCGACCCCAGCGGGUGGGAAACUACACGCGGAUGAUGGAGCUCAGCGUGCUGCCGCGCAGGCUCGACCCCGCGGGACCAUACACAAGGAUGAUGGAGCUCAGCGUGCUGCCGCGCAGGCUCGACCCCGCGGGACCAUACACAAGGAUGAUGGAGCUCAGCGUGCUGCCGCGCAGGCUCGACCCCGCGGGACCAUACACAAGGUUGCAUCAAGUGGGUGUGUCUACAAGGGCGGAGGAAAGUCAGGAGGCACGUGGAAUACUUUACCACAGUCAUGCCAACUGCUCAUUGUGCAAUUCCUUGCAACCAUUGUUGAUCUCCCGGUCUUUGUCUCCUCGCAUCGCUGUGCUGCGAUACUCCUUGCGAACGUUCAACUACUACAGAAACCAGGUGGAGUUGAACCAGCAGCGCCAGGAGCGCAUUAGCGAUGUUGCGCAGGCCAUGAGGGGCUUGAGGGCCGCAGGCCUGGCCAGCAUCAAUCCCAGGAUGGGCACCACUGGAAGUUUGACUGGCCUCACCGGUCUUCGUGGGGAAGGAGGCAACAACCAUUGGCGCAGCUCAACCCCAUGGGCCCAUGGCGGCGAUUGGAGUUCCGAAGCAGCAUCGCACAACUGA